CGAGUUGAACAAGCAUUCCAUUUUUAAAAAGCCAUUCUGGUCGUGCACGGAUAUUUUGUUAUUGAUUUUUCUAAAACUUGAAGCGCAAUAGGUUAUUCCUUCACCACGCUAUGAGAAAAACAGACAGCAACGACUACUGCAUCAUGAAGAAUCUUUUUCUUAAACAUUUCGAUUAAUUUUUUCUAGAUGAACAUUAAUUACCAUUUAGACAAUAUUCAGCAUGAUAAUAACUACAAUUUGGCUAAAGCUACAUUUUUGACAAAUGUAAUAUUUCAAAUCAACACUGAUAUUUUAUAUAUUUGAAAUAUGUUAUGAGCUUGCAUGAAUUCUGAAGAAACAGGUUUUCAAGGCUUCUUGUAGCUAACACUGGCCAGAGCAUCGUUGGAGGCGACCAAAAGUACCGCAGGCGCAGUCCCCUUCCGCGUUUGUACGGGAAUCCAGCCCGGUUGUUCUCGAGCCAGCAGACAAAUAGCAUCAACGGUAGGAGGGGAAGGGAUACAGACUCGUGCAGGCUAAUUGUAGCAGCCAGCAUUCGCAGGUGUAACACUGAUCCGCCUGUGUGUGUAACUGGGGUAUAAUCUUGACAAGCCGUUCAAAGCAUUGAGAGUGCAAAAAACUGGGAGAAUGUUGCACCAAGUACAAUGAGAGCCCAUUUGUCGCAGACACACAAACCCACAUAUGACUCCGUCGAAUUCAAAUUUGAUGAGCAACACUGAAGCGACUUUGGAAUUUUAAAAAGUGGAUCACACGACUUUACAAUCAUGCGAAACACUUUGUUGUCUGCCCGGAGUUCGAUUGUGGAAUACUGGACAUCGGCCAUUCUAUGUCUCUUUUGGAUUCAGUACUCUUGUGGGAUGCCUCAUGUCAUUCGAAUAGGGGGGAUUUUUGAGCAAACAGAGGGACCGGUGCCGCUCGUCAGCCCAGAGGAGCUUGCCUUUAAAUUUGCAGUGAACAACAUCAACAGAAACAGGACUUUAUUGCCCAACACGACGUUAACGUACGACAUACAGAGGAUUAAUAUCUACGACAGUUUUGAAGCGUCGAGAAAAGCCUGUGACCAACUGUCUUUAGGUGUAGUGGCAAUAUUUGGGCCGUCACAUAGCUCGUCCUCAAACGCCGUCCAGUCCAUCUGCAAUGCGUUGGAAGUGCCACACAUCCAGGUGCGAUGGAAACAUCACCCUAUGGACAACAGGGACACAUUUUACGCCAACCUGUACCCCGAUUACUCUUCUCUCAGUUACGGCAUCUUAGAUUUGGUGCAGUUCCUCAAGUGGAAAACAGCCACGGUCGUAUACGAUGACAGUACAGGUCUUAUUAGACUACAGGAACUGAUAAUGGCCCCCUCCAGGUAUAACAUCAGGCUAAAGAUUCGCCAGCUCCCUCUUGACGGAGAGGACACCAGGCCUCUCCUCAAGGAGAUGAAGAGAGGACGGGAGUUUCGCAUUAUCUUCGACUGCAGCCACGAAAUGGCUGCACAGAUCCUUAAACAGGCCCAGACGAUGGGAAUGAUGACAGAGUACUACCACUACAUCUUCACCACUCUGGACCUCAUGGCUAUCGACCUGGAGCCCUACCGUUUCUGUGGCGUUAACAUGACCGGCUUCCGCAUCCUGAACGUGGACAACCCUCAGGUGGCGUCCAUCGUUGAGAAGUGGUCCCAAGAGAGGCAGAUACCUCCCAAGCCCGACUCGGGUCUCCUGGAGGGGAUCAUGACGACAGAUGCUGCUCUGACGUACGACGCGGUCCACAUCGUGUCCGUCUCCUACCAGCACGCACCACAGAUGACGGUCAACUCGCUGCAGUGCCACCGCCACAAGCCAUGGAGAUUCGGCGGGCGCUUCAUGAACUUCAUCAAAGAGUCUCACUGGGAAGGCCUGACGGGCAGGCUGUCGUUCAACAGGACCAGUGGCCUCCGCACAGACUUUGACCUGGACAUCAUCAGCCUGAAAGAGGAGGGCCUGGAGAAGGUGGGGAAGUGGAGUGCGUCCGGAGGUCUCAACAUCACCGAGGUGCCCAAGCGGAAAGGGAUGAACAUCACAGACUCGCUGGCCAACCGUUCCCUGGUCAUCACCACCAUCCUGGAGGAGCCAUAUGUCAUGCUUAAGAAGUCUGACAAGGCGCUGGUGGGCAACGACCGUUUCGAGGGAUUCUGUAUCGACCUGCUCAAGGAGCUGGCCAGCAUCCUGGGCUUCACCUUCGAGAUCCGCCUGGUGCCUGAUGGGAAGUACGGAUCGCAGGACGACAAGGGCCAGUGGAACGGCAUGAUCAAGGAGCUGAUGGAACACAGAGCCGACUUGGCUGUGGCCCCUCUUACCAUUACCUACCUGCGUGAGAAGGUUGUGGACUUCUCCAAGCCCUUCAUGAGCAUGGGCAUCAGUAUCCUGUAUCGCAAGCCCAACACCACCAACAACGGCUUCUUCUCCUUCCUCAACCCCAUGACCCCUGACAUCUGGGUCUAUAUUCUGCUGGCCUACCUAGGCGUCAGCUGUGUCCUCUUCGUCAUCGCUAGGUUCAGUCCAUACGAAUGGUACGACGCCCAUCCCUGCAAUCCCGGAUCCGAUGUGGUAGAGAACAACUUCACCCUCCUUAACAGCUUCUGGUUCGGUGUGGGCUCCCUCAUGCAGCAAGGCUCUGAGCUGAUGCCCAAAGCCCUGUCCACCAGGAUCAUCGGAGGCAUCUGGUGGUUCUUCACCCUCAUCAUCAUCUCCUCCUACACGGCCAACCUGGCCGCCUUCCUCACCGUGGAGCGCAUGGAGUCGCCCGUGGACUCUGCCGACGACAUCGCCAAGCAGACCAAGAUUGAGUAUGGUGUGGUCAAAGACAGUGCCACCAUGUCUUUCUUCAAGAAAUCAAAGGUGUCUACUUUUGAGAAGAUGUGGGCUUUUAUGAGUAGUAAACAGAGUACGUCGCUGGUCAAGUCCAUUGAGGACGGCAUCCAGAGGGUUCUGAAGUCUGACUAUGCCUUGCUCAUGGAGUCCACCACAAUUGAUUACAUUACCCAGCGGAACUGCAACCUCACCCAGGUUGGAGGCGUCAUUGACAGCAAAGGCUAUGGAAUAGGCACUCCCAUGGGCUCUCCAUACCGGGACAAAGUGACCAUCGCCAUCCUGAGCAUUCUGGAGGAUGGCCGUCUGCACAUGCUCAAGGAGAAGUGGUGGAGCGGCAGCAGCUGUCUGGACGAAGAGCGCCGUGAGAAAGCCGGCCCCAUGGGCAUUCAGAAUUUGGGAGGGAUCUUUAUAGUGCUGGCGUCUGGCCUGGUUCUCUCCGUCUUUGUGGCUAUAGCCGAAUUCAUAUACAAGCUAAGGAAGACGGCGAAACGUGAGCAGGUCUUUCUGCAGUGCCAUGGUGGACGAGAUCAGACAGUCGUUCACCUGCGGGAGGCGUGUGAAACACAAACACCACCACCAGGUCCCGGUCAUGGUCAAGACGGAUGCAGUGAUCAACAUGCACACGUUCAACGACCGACGACUCCCGGGAAAGGACAACAUGAGCUGCAACACUGGGAUGACCCCCGUGUUCCCGUGACGGUUUGCGCCUCCCAGAGAAAGAGCCUCCUGGGCAAUGUGGAGGGCGUGAUUGGUCCCGAAACCUGGGACAAUGGAAUCGAGGGGAUUACCAGAUUCACCAUCAACCACAGCGACAUAGGGACACUAACGAAACAUGGAACACUAACUCAACAUGGUACUAUCAAAAUGGCAGCAUCGGCGACACAGGUAUGACAGUGUUCACCCAUGUAUUCCAAAAGAGACAGAAAAAGAGAGAGAGGGAGGUGGAGGAGGAGAAGAACCGUUCCUGGAAAAGGAAACAUCUCCAAAUAAUCUGUAUUCAAGUCCGAUGUUUACGUACGUAACACAAAAAUACACUCACCAAGGAAUCACAAGAUAUCCAAGGAAUCCUUGAUUGACAACAAUGAUUCAACCUUUUUAUUGGACAAAUGGCAUAAAGACAGAGUUGGCUUCAUUGAGCAUGGCAAUAAAAGAACUACAGACAGACAUGGGAAAUUAGGUUUUGAUGGGAGAUCAAUUAUGUCACACAUAGCACAUCAUGAUCAUUCAAAGUCAAAGUUCUGACUGAUUCUUUUUUAUCUUGUUUGUAGGUCCUUUGGCAGCAGAAAAUUAUGUUACCUCAAACCUUGUACAGACAUAACAUUGAGUCUUUGUUUUGCUCUCUUUGAGUCACCGUCUAUUUUGUGGGAGGCGUUUUUAAACGCAAGGCUUGGACCACCGGACUUCUAUAAUUCCACUAGAAGAAACACGUCCUUAGUACAUGCAGAUGACAGCAAUGGAAUCCCAACAGUGAGCAAAUCCCACAGUAAGAGAGAGCAUUAGUCACUCAGUGAACUUGGUUUGCAGAUCUUUAAUUUGACGAAAAAUGACUGUUCAACGAGAGAGAGUUGACAUCACUGAAGCUAUCCUGAGGUUAAUGGGGAGACCUUGAUUUAUUGGUAAUAAAUUACGUUUCCACAUAUUGUGCCAUUUUGUUAUUGUGACUAAACACAAUGUAGUGCCCUAUUUGUUUGUGCUUCACCACAUUAUUUGCAGACGUAUGUUUUGUGGACAUUAAGAUAAUCUUGUCCGUGAAAAAAAAAGAACAACGAGCUAGCCAAUUUCCAAAGAUCUGCCCAUAAAAUAAAACUAAACAUUGGAUGUGACUGCUCAUGCAAGUGCUUCAUGAGAUACUGUUCCCAAAUUUCUAAAUUAGACUAUGUUAGAGUGUAAUAUCCAUGGCCUUUUUCCUCUUUACAACACAGGGUAAUGUGUUCCUAUCAGAUAUAAUAACUUUUUUUGGGGGGGGGGGCAUCUUAUUAAUCAAACAAACAAAUAUACAAUACUCUUGGGAUAAUGAAUGAGGAGUGAUUUGCUUCAACGUAUUCAUGUACCAAAAUACAAGUACAUAACACUUCAAGUUUACUCUAAUUUGGCUACCAAUGAUAAAUGGACAUGAACCCCCUUAUACUUGUUGCACCACUAGUCUAUAUUGUCCUCUAAAAUAACUACCUGGUCUCAUUACUUUUUUUGAUAUGUACAUGUUGAACAACUGUACGAUUUAGGGGUAUAAACUGAAUUUAUUUCCUCAUAAAAGCACAACAUGUUUAUGGUUAUGUUAAACCCAAUCAUACCGUUCAUGUUUGAAGGGUUAUGGUUAGGGUUAUAGUCAGCUAGUUAGUUAGUUAGCCAGCUAGCUAGGCUAGCUUGGCUAAUUGGUUAUCUCUAGUUGGUUAUAUCUGCCAAUGUCCACUUAAUAAAUAUUUCAGAGAAAUCUGUCUGCAUUGGCUUUGUGUUGUUAAAAAAAACAAUGGCAAUAUAACAUUUUCAGAGGGCAAUCAGCCAUCUGUUUCCAUUUUGUGAAAGUGUCUCUACAAUAAGGCCCCUCAGAAAUAGCCAUGUUAUAAUAGCACAGUGUCCAUUGAAUUGCUCUUGCUGCUUGCAAUGAAUUACCUUCUGACUGCUAAACAGAUACUCUAAUCUAGUAAUAUCAGUGACAUGAAAGAAAUGCAGAGAGCACAGUACAGAUGUACAGGCUACAUAGUCACUGUUUUAAGCUGUUUGGUUUUAGUUCUGCAAUUGCAGGUGAUUGUAAAUGACUAGGUUUUGUAUUGUGUUGGGCAGAGGACAUUGGACAAGAGACCUUAUGAGUAAGAAACAAAUGCUGUCAUCACUUUCAAUGGUACUACAUACUAUUCCUUCUGCGUGUGUUUACUUUGUGGCCACGGCAACAGUGAAUGUCCCCGGGACACGCAAAUUAUUUUGCUUAUUCAUAUUGCAGGGCCGAUAUUAAAGCUUUGUGGCAGCGUUACCGAAUGCUACGCUACCAUUACGGAAAUGAGAUAGGCUAGCUCUGAGUGGCUGAUGAGACCCUUUUGGUUUUUGCAUUUGAUUUUCAUUCUGUGCACUAGAGAUAGAUAUCAUUAAAUGAAUCAUUAUCAUGCUCAGAUGAUGAGAUGAACAAACAGAUGGAAGAUCUGAAGUUUGGGUUUUCUGGGUUUAUGUUGUCUGCAAUGCCUAUAAACUGUAUAUCUGCAAUGAGUAUUGAGCUGUAAGAUGCUAGGAGUCUAUAUGUGAGCUGCCGGAAUAGGGAGCUGAACAGACGGCAUACCUCUGUGAGGUUUACAAUAUUGAUAAAAAAGACAAACUAUCUUGGGUUCCUUUUUUUCAACAUUAACAAUGUAAAGAUUCAAGGGAACUUAAAUCUGUGUGACUUAUGAUUGGUUUGGUAGAAACUCAUUGUAUAAAUGUUAAUCAGCUCCCUUCUGCAAAGUAGAGUAUAUGUAGAUAAGAUGAACAGGAGAAAAUGUAUUUUGCUAAAUUUUUACAGGUAAAUGCAUACAUUUUUGCUCUCAGCCAAACACAAUUUCUUAAUUUAAAUUAGGUUUCAUAUGCCACUAACCUGUACCCCACUCCCACUUCCCAAACCUCCAUAUUAAUUUAUUCGAUUGGAAUGGAUUAUAAUAUAUUAUAUUGGAUUAUGAUCAUCAAGAGUAGAAUAUUAUAUGUAAAUCUUAUUUUAUCGCACCUAAUAUAUUGAUAUGAGGUGUAUGUGACGUUGUAAUAUUGAAUUCCCCAAAACUGUAGAGGAAACUUCUUUAGAAUAGAUUUUGUAUGAUCUAGCUGGCUCUUUUCUUCUCUUUUGAAACACAUGAUGCAGUUGGGCAAAGACUGGUUGUUACACUACACGUUAGACUGGCUUCCAGUUGAAUUCUCCUUUGACUGCAAACACAAGUUACUUUAGUGCUUUUUAUGUUAAUCCAUAUACUCGCUGAAAUAAUUGUGGUGAAAAUGGACAUCAGUGAUCCAUUAAUAAAACUAUUUACAUUUACUACCAAGAUUUGAGUUCAGUUAAUUCAAUCAAUCCCAAUUAUGAAGCACACUGUCUUUUUUUAUAGCAAAAUGCGAAUCCAGUUAUUUUUCAACAUUUUAUGAAAUCUAAGAUAAAAAGAAAGAAAAAAAUAAAAUAACAUGUGCAGUAUUUGCUAUGAGUUACACUUUAUUAAGCAAUCAAACAGUCACAGCGCUAGGUAUUUAUUUAUGUUUUGUUUUGAGUUGAGUUGAGCUGAAUUGUCUACUUCUAUCGUUUGACAAGAAACCUCUCAAACAAUAGGAUUGAUAUGUUGGUGCCGACCGGGCUUUUCUUUGUGGACAUGCAGAAUUUCUAUGAAUAUAGUUUUUUGUAACGUUUUGGAACAUUUUCUGUUUACCUAAUAACUGUAUGUGUUAAGAGAAUACCAUUAUUAGAAUAACCAAGUAAAACAUGGGGAAAUACAAAUACAUAGAGAGGCUAUUGCGUUAUUUUCUUUUUAACACUGUGAAUAAUUCAAUUGUACAGUUUGCUGUAUGGGUUAUAUGAUUUUAAAGUUUUAAAUAAAACAUGUAAAACUAUA